AUGGAGUCGGAAGGGGAAGCUGGGGCAAAGCCAAAGACAGCAUUGGGUGGCCAAGUGUGCCAAAUAUGUGGUGAUAAUGUUGGGAAGACUGUGGAUGGUGAACCAUUCAUUGCCUGUGAUGUUUGUGCUUUUCCGGUUUGCAGGCCGUGCUAUGAGUAUGAAAGGAAGGAUGGAAAUCAGUCUUGCCCCCAGUGCAAAACCCGGUACAAAAGGCACAAAGGAAGUCCUGCAAUUCUUGGAGAUGGGGAGGAGGAUGGUGUUGCUAAUGAUGGUGCUAGUGACCUGAAUUAUGAUUUAGAGAAUCAGAACCAAAAGCAAAAAAUUUCAGAGCGCAUGCUAAGUUGGCACAUGACAUAUGGGCGAGCAGAGGAGACUGGUGCACCAACUUAUGAUAAAGAAGUUUCUCAUAGCCACAUUCCUUUACUAACUAGCGGGCAAGAGGUCUCUGGAGAACUAUCUGCAGCCUCACCUGAGAGGCUUUCAAUGGCAUCCCCUGGAGUUGGUGGAGGGAAGCGUGUCCAUAGUCUUCCAUAUUCAUCUGAUAUUAAUCAAUCACCAAAUAUUAGGGCUGUGGAUCCAGGAUUGGGCAAUGUAGCUUGGAAAGAAAGGGUUGAUGGUUGGAAGAUGAAGCAGGAAAAGAAUGUUGUUCCAAUGAGCACUGGCCAAGCUGCUUCUGAAAGAGGAGCUGGAGACAUUGAUGCUAGUACUGAUGUGCUUGUGGAUGAGUCCUUGUUAAAUGAUGAGGCUCGGCAACCUCUUUCCAGGAAAGUUUCAAUUCCAUCAUCUAGGAUAAAUCCAUACCGUAUGGUCAUUAUUCUGCGGCUGAUUAUCCUCUGCAUGUUCUUGCAUUACCGUAUUACAAAUCCUGUGCGCAAUGCAUAUGCAUUGUGGUUAGUAUCAGUCAUAUGUGAGAUUUGGUUUGCCAUUUCCUGGAUAUUGGAUCAAUUCCCUAAGUGGCUACCGGUAAACCGUGAAACAUAUCUUGACAGACUGGCCUUGAGAUAUGACCGGGAAGGGGAACCAUCGCAGCUAGCAGCUGUUGAUAUAUUUGUCAGUACUGUUGACCCGUUAAAGGAGCCUCCACUUGUGACUGCAAAUACUGUACUAUCUAUUCUUGCAGUUGAUUAUCCCGUGGAUAAGGUCUCUUGCUAUGUCUCUGAUGAUGGUGCUGCUAUGCUUACAUUUGAAGCUCUUUCAGAGACAGCAGAAUUUGCAAGGAAAUGGGUUCCUUUCUGCAAAAAAUAUAACAUUGAACCUCGGGCACCAGAGUGGUAUUUUGCACAGAAGAUUGACUACUUAAAAGACAAGAUCCAAACGUCAUUCGUCAAAGAUCGUAGAGCCAUGAAGAGAGAAUAUGAGGAGUUUAAAGUUCGUGUUAAUGCACUUGUUGCAAAGGCUGAGAAAGUUCCUGAAGAAGGAUGGGUAAUGCAAGAUGGUACUCCGUGGCCUGGAAACAACACCAGAGAUCAUCCUGGAAUGAUUCAGGUUUUCUUGGGCCAAAGUGGAGGGCUUGACACAGAGGGUAACGAACUUCCACGUUUAGUCUAUGUUUCUCGUGAAAAGCGUCCCGGAUUCCAACAUCACAAGAAGGCUGGUGCCAUGAAUGCCCUUGUUCGAGUUUCAGCUGUCCUUACAAAUGGACCUUUCCUAUUGAAUCUUGAUUGUGAUCACUACAUAAACAAUAGCAAAGCCUUGAGGGAAGCCAUGUGCUUUAUGAUGGAUCCCAACCUAGGGAAACAUGUUUGCUAUGUUCAGUUUCCACAGAGGUUUGAUGGUAUUGACAGGAAUGAUCGAUAUGCAAAUCGUAAUACAGUGUUCUUUGAUAUAAACUUGAGAGGUUUGGAUGGCAUUCAAGGCCCUGUUUAUGUGGGCACUGGUUGUGUCUUCAACAGGACAGCGUUAUAUGGUUAUGAACCUCCUCUCAAACCCAAACAUAAAAAGCCAGGGGUGCUGUCUUCAUUAUGUGGUGGAAGUCGGAAGAAGAGUUCGAAAUCUAGUAAGAAAGGUUCAGACAAGAAAAAAUCUAGCAAGCAUGCUGACCCAACCAUCCCCAUAUACAAUCUGGAAGAUAUAGAAGAAGGAGUGGAAGGUGCUGGAUUUGAUGAUGAGAAGUCACUACUUAUGUCCCAAAUGAGCCUUGAGAAAAGGUUUGGUCAAUCUGCUGUCUUUGUUGCUUCCACACUCAUGGAGAAUGGCGGUGUUCCCCAGUCUGCUACUCCUGACACUCUUCUUAAGGAGGCUAUUCAUGUUAUCAGCUGUGGUUAUGAGGACAAAACGGAUUGGGGAAGUGAGAUAGGAUGGAUCUAUGGGUCUGUUACGGAAGAUAUUCUUACAGGAUUUAAGAUGCAUGCCCGUGGCUGGCGGUCAAUAUAUUGCAUACCAAAGCGCCCAGCAUUCAAAGGUUCUGCUCCUAUCAAUCUUUCAGAUCGUCUGAACCAAGUGCUUCGGUGGGCUCUGGGUUCUGUGGAGAUUCUUUUUAGUCGGCACUGCCCCAUCUGGUAUGGUUAUGGUGGAAGGCUCAAGUGGCUCGAGAGGUUUGCAUAUGUGAACACCACAAUCUAUCCAGUCACUGCCAUUCCCCUUCUCAUGUACUGUACCUUGCCUGCUGUCUGUCUUCUCACAAAUAAGUUCAUCAUUCCCCAGAUUAGUAACAUUGCAAGCAUAUGGUUUAUCUCUCUCUUCAUUUCCAUCUUCGCAACUGGUAUCCUUGAGAUGAGGUGGAGUGGAGUCGGAAUUGAUGAGUGGUGGAGAAACGAGCAAUUUUGGGUCAUAGGUGGCGUUUCAUCUCAUCUUUUUGCUGUCUUCCAAGGUUUACUCAAAGUGCUUGCUGGAAUUGACACCAACUUCACGGUUACCUCCAAGGCAUCUGACGAAGAAGGUGACUACGCUGAAUUAUACAUGUUCAAAUGGACAACCCUUCUCAUCCCCCCCACAACACUUCUCAUCAUAAACAUGGUGGGUGUUGUUGCUGGGAUCUCCUAUGCCAUCAAUAGUGGCUACCAGUCAUGGGGUCCACUAUUUGGUAAGCUUUUCUUUGCAUUUUGGGUGAUCAUCCAUCUCUAUCCUUUCCUCAAAGGUCUCAUGGGCCGCCAGAACCGAACGCCAACCAUUGUAGUUGUUUGGUCCAUUCUGCUCGCUUCCAUCUUCUCACUGUUAUGGGUCCGGAUUGAUCCGUUCAUAACUCGAGUCAGGGGUCCCGACACUGAGCAGUGUGGAAUUAACUGCUAGACAAACUAGAGGAAAAGAGAACUAGCAGUUUGAAUAUAUCACUUCUGUUACUCUACUAGCUCAAACAAAAAGUAAGUCUGCUAUGAAGUGUUAUGCCUGACUUGUAUUUUGUUCUGUCAUGCCGUGCUUAAAUCAUGUGCAGUUGACACUUAAGUAGAAAUUAAAGUUAGAUUAGAUUGCGCAUGGCUCUGUGUAAAUUGCCUUGAGCAUACCUUCAUGGUUUCCUGGAGAAACUUCUAAGCAGCUCAAGGAUCACAUGCUCCAUCUGUUGUACCUAUGGUAGUUUCAUGGCGGUAUGAUCUUUGAUCAGCUUGAGAAGCAGACAAACAGACAAAAUAUGUAUUAUAUAAUUAUAGUAAGUUGAAGUAUCUAUCUAGAUCAUUUUUAAUGAGCAUUGUGAAUAUUGGAAAUCAGCAGUUACA